GCCAAAGCGCAAGAAACAAGUCGGAGCCCCCUGAAGAGCUUCCGCUGCCUCUCGAGUCCCCGCAAUCGCCUGCAACUCUCCGCAGGCUCCUCGUGCACCCUCAGUGUCAAUUAAAGCUUUAAACGCAUUGGCCCGCGAGAGAUCUGCAUUGCCCACUCCAUUCCGGUGCUACUUUUAUCACGUACAAGAGGUCGAGUGGAAUCUCAUUCGUCCGCCGUCGACUGCAACGCCUCUAGCCAUUGGCAGCAACGUACAAGCUGCUUGGGCGUGCUGUAGACCUACUAGAAGUCAUCAGUCAUGUCGACAAUCAUGGUGGAACAACCCCGCCAAUCAGGGAUGGCUACACCCGCUGGCUCCACCUCUGCAGUCAAGUCGCAGACCUCGAGUGCGAAUGGGACCAAGGAGCCUGCAUCCAACGCGUCACCUGAACCCAUGGACACGUCCAGGAAACUGGUGGAACAGGCCAAACGCCGUCUGCAGAUCCAAAUGCAGUUCGUCGAGAACGCAAGACGAAAGAUCUUGGACGAGACACAUCCAGACAUGGCAGAGAGACUGCAAGCCCUUGUGGAGGAGCGCGACCGACUGCUUCAUUUAGCGAAGCAAAGGAGUGAGUAUUUCCAACACAGCACCACCGUGAUCUUCGACUACGAGUGUGACGAGGCCAACUCGGAGUACGAACUAAACUGCGAGAAGCUACGGCAAGAUAUGCUGGAAGAAAUCCACCACGAGAUGGAGAUCCUCCACGACCAGCGCAAAGGAGGCCACAGCUAUGCCCGCACUACGACCCGCAAGACACGUAGUACCCGGAAUAAAACCGAUUCGGACUCGGGGUUCGUUCUAGACACGGCGCAGAAGAUCAAGAAACGCGCUGGUGGCUAUGUGUUCCAGCCGCUAGAGAACAAGCUGGGUCAAUUGGAGAUUGACCACGAUGUGCGAGAACUCACGACUGUUUAUGAGGCAACCAAGAAGCGACGAAUGGAGUUCGAUACCGAUCGUGACGUCACGUCGGUGGCCAAGUAUUACCGGAAUAAGUUCUUAUACCGAGACUGGAUCUUUCAAGAGGGAGAUGAGGUAUAUGUGCUCAAUUACCCAGCGUCCAGUGAAUACGCUGCAGUUAUCUGCGGUAUCACGUCCACGGAACUCCUGGUUCUGUCGGAGAAGGGCAAAUACUACCGCUUGGUCAUCAUGGACAUCCGACAGGGUCGAGUGGUGCUCACCACGCUGUCAUCAGAGCAGGCUGCCUCCCGAGACGAUCUCGGCGACGCAAGUCCAUAG